AUGUCCUCAAUAGCUGCCAAAAGAUCUUCCCCAGAUAACAUCGACGACCUCCUCGAGACACACCGGCCUCUUUUCCGCCGGCGCAAGCUGAACCGCCCAGGCUCGCCACCACCGUGCCUGAGAUGCGCCAUCAAGGGCAUGCGCUGCGCAUUAUUAGGCUCCGACGCGCUUUGCCAGCGAUGCGGGCGCAACGGCGAGGAGUUCUGCAUUCAGCAGAAAGAAGACCUGACCAAGCCGGAGGAGGCUGAGGAGGAGAGCCGGGACCACACCGUGGUUAUCAGCCGGUUCCGCCGCAGCGGCCUCGUGGUCUUCGAGUGCAUGGUAUACAGUCUUGACCCAGUUCUUGUCCAGGACAAGAGGAGGCUGCUCGCCAUUGCUGCUGACAUGUUACAGGAUGGGCCUGGCGCUACAUAUGUACAUGGCACACGGGUUAGCCUGACACAGGCGAAGAACUUCGUAUUGCCUUCGUGGCAUAGAAAUGACAGACCCGAGAAUAGGGGGAAUAAGCACCAUAGUAUUGCCACGUAUAGGACUUACCUUGGCCCAAUUGUGGCGUGGAGGGCUGCAGAGGAGCGGAGGCUGGCCUUGAAGCAAGAGGCUGAAAAAGCGAGGCUUGAGGAGUUGAAGCAGCAACACUGUGAAGGCAGGGAGUAA